AUGUCACUGGUCAAAAUCAUUCUUGUUAUCAUAUUUCUAAGAUUAGUUUGGACAACACCAGAUAUAAUCAUUAAAGAAUUGACUUUGAAAAUGAACAUUAAAACACAUAUUUAUUUCGGCUUUACCAAAGACGCAUUUAAAGGACUAAACUUCUCUGACAAUACACCAAAGUUGUUGAUUUAUAUAAACACAAGUGAAGAGUUGAAAACUACACACGACGAACCAGUGCUUUUUAUAGUGCAAAUUGUCGAGGACUUCAAUAUCAAUCAGGCAGCUUUGAAAGUGAUAAAAUAUUUUCUCACCGAUAGGCAAUUCAACGAAAUACUGCUCAUAGAUAAUGGUUCACAAAGUGUAGAAAGCUAUAAGAAAAUUUUUAAGGCAUACUGGGAUGAAGGUUUUCCUCAUGUGCUAAUUUAUAAUCUGCAAAAGCAACUUUGGUCAAUAAAAUCAUAUCCCUUUUUGGAAAUAGAACCCACUGAUUUACUGAGCUAUAUAAGGAACAGAAAGAAACACAACUUAAUGGGUUAUCCCCUCCGUGUUUUAGUGACCAAUGACCCACCGCAUUGUUUUGUAGAUGAAAGGGAAUCCCCGAAUUCAUCAAAUCGCUAUAAGGGAAGUAUUAUAACCAUUUUCAAAAUAUUUGCCGAUCAGCUGAAUGCCACUUUCGAAGCGGUUCCUUUCCCUGGACUUCGUCGCUAUAACACCGCUGAAUGUCUGCAGAUGGUGAAGGAUAACUUAACCGAUGCCUGUGGCAGUAUCUUCAUAAGGACCUACAGAUACGCCACCAGUCAGCCAGUUCGCCUGAAUCGAGUGGCUAUAAUGGCGCCAUUUGGCAGCCCCAUCGAGAAGUUCUACUACUUCUUCAGACCCUUUGACUUGUACGUUUGGAUCGCAACCGGCUUUGUAGUGGUCUAUAUAUCCAUAAUGGGUUCUUUGCUCCAUCGCUGGCAUUUCAAGAAGUGGGAUGUGGGUCAGUAUCUCCUGCUGGCCAUUCAAACUCUGCUGACCCGCGAGCUGAAAUUGCCGCAUUGCUCAAGUGGCUCCAAGCUGAUUCUGCUGCUGUUGCUCUUCGCCAUCGGGUUUAUUCUGUCCAACUUGUACGUGGCUCUGCUCUCCAUGAUGCUGACCACAAAACUCUACCAGCGCCCCAUCGAAAACUUGGCUGACUUGAAGUCGGCCAAUGUGAAUAUACUUCUGCAAGCGCAUAAUGUCAGACCAAAUUCAUUUUACGGCGGUUCAAAGGAGUUGAGUGAGAGGUUCCUGCUGGUGGAUGAAUCCCUGCACAAGGAAAGAAGAGAUUCCUUGGAUCCCAGUUACGCCUAUGUGGAUUCAGAGGACAGGAUAGACUUCUAUCUCUAUCAGCAGAAGUUCCUGCGAAGGCGCAGGAUGAAGAAGCUAUCGAGCCCAGUGGGUUACACCUGGGCCGUUCAGGUAAUCAAACAGAACUGGGUGCUGGAACAGUCCUACAACGAUCACAUACAACGAUUGUUCGAGAGUGGCUUGCAGAAUAAGUUGGUGGAGGAUGUCCACGAGUUGGGCGUAAGAGCCGGCUUCCUGCGCUUCCUCCCCACGCAAAGCCAAACCAUCGAACCCCUGCGACUCGAGGACAUCGUGAUGGCAGCCAUGGUUCUGGGCGGAGGACACGCCCUCGCCGGGAUCUGCUUCCUGGGCGAGCUGCUCGCCUAA